AACCCGAAGACCCCCUCCCUCCUUCCCCACGCAGAAGCAGGACUUCCGCUGGACCCCCUCCCCUCAGGCGGGACUUCCGCCCUCGCCCCCUCCCCCCUCCUGCUGCGCUGCGUUGUCCUCUCCGCCUGAGGCGAGCCGGCUAGCUAGUCUCGCGCUCUCUGCCUUGCAGCGGCACGGGAUCUGGGUGACGCGGGCUGCGGAAGCCAGCGCCGGGCGGAUCGCGUCCCCGUCUCCUGCCCUUGUCGCCUGUCUCCCCCAUCUCUCGUUCUUCUCUCCGCCUUGUCAGGCUCGGCUAAGAGCGAGUGGCAAGAUGGCGGCGCCCAGGAUGCCACCCUCCCGGCUGUCGGGCAUCAUGGUGCCAGCACCCAUCCAGGACCUGGAGGCCCUGCGCGCCCUCACUGCGCUCUUCAAGGAGCCGCGGAACCGGGAAACAGCACCCAGAACGAUCUUCCAGAGAGUCCUGGAUAUCUUAAAGAAAUCAACUCAUGCUGUUGAGCUGGCCUGCAGGGAUUCUUCCCAAGUGGAGCACCUGGCUUCCAGUCUUCAGCUAAUCACUGAAUGCUUCAGAUGUCUUCGGAAUGCGUGUAUAGAGUGUUCUGUGAACCAGAACUCUAUCAGGAACCUGGAUACAAUUGGUGUUGCUGUUGAUUUGGUUCUUCUGUUUCGUGAACUUCGAGUGGAACAAGACUCUUUGCUAACAGCUUUUCGUUGUGGCCUGCAGUUUUUAGGCAACAUUGCCUCCCGGAAUGAAGAUUCCCAGGCCAUUGUUUGGGUCCAUGCUUUCCCAGAGCUCUUUAUGUCUUGCUUAAAUCAUCCAGACAAAAAGAUUGUUGCCUACUGUUCAAUGAUUUUGUUCACAUCUCUUAAUCCUGAAAGAAUGAAAGACCUGGAAGAAAACCUCAAUAUUGCAAUUAACGUCAUAGAAGCUCACCAAAAGCAUCCAGAGUCAGAAUGGCCGUUCUUGAUUAUUUCAGACCACUUUCUGAAAAGCCCGGAGUUGGUGGAAGCUAUGUAUUCCAAACUCAGCGAUCAGGAAAGGGUUGCACUGUUAGACAUUAUGAUUGCCAAGCUAGUGGGUGAUGAGCAGCUGACAAAGGAUGACAUCUCUAUAUUUUUGCGCCAUGCCGAGUUGAUUGCAAACUCAUUUGUGGAUCAGUGUAGGAAUGUGCUAAAGUUGGUCUCGGAGCCUCAAACAGAGGAUAAGGAAGCACUGGCUACCAUUCGGCUUCUGGACGUCUUAUGUGAAAUGACAUCCCACACUGAGCUUCUUGGUUACCUACAAGUUUUUCCUGAUCUGAUGGAACGAGUGAUUGAUGUUUUACGGGUGAUUCACGUAGUUGGAAAAGAUACCACGAACAUCUUCAGUCCCUCUGACUCUCUAAAAGCAGAGGGUGACAUCGAACACAUGACUGAAGGGUUUAAAUCUCAUCUCAUUCGUCUCAUUGGAAAUCUGUGUUACAAGAAUAAAGAAAACCAGGACAAAGUGAACGAGCUGGAUGGCAUUCCUCUGAUCCUGGACAGCAGCAACAUCGAUGACAACAACCCCUUUAUGAUGCAGUGGGUGGUGUACGCCGUGCGAAAUCUCACUGAAGACAACAGCCAAAACCAAGAUUUCAUUGCAAAAAUGGAGGAGCAGGGCUUGGCAGAUGCAUCUCUGCUGAAGAAAAUGGGUUUUGAAGUUGAAAAGAUUGGAGAGAAACUGAUUCUGAAGUCUAAUAAUGACAUCCCCCCACCUUGAACGAUCUCCACCUGAACACAUUCAGAGCCCAUCUCACGGACCUCUCAUCUCUGCAGUACUGGAGAUGUAGAGCACAGAUGUGGGGACCUCUCGUCCUCUAGAGUUCAAUGUGUGUAAGCUACAAGUGGACGUCUUCUUUAUGUCUGUGCAGUAAGUGUGACGUCUGCCUCACCUUUGUCCCCCUGGGUAGAACACGCUUUCCAGUCAUGUACCUUGUGCUUACCGUUGUAGUUGAUAAUAAACAUUUUUGAGGGCAUACCCCCUA